AAGCCCAAUUUCAAAGCCCACCCGUCCUACUGUUGCUUGAAAAUUGGAAAUUGGUUGCGGGGGUUUUUGCAGGAACCCAGAAAUUUGAGCUGAUUUUUUUUCCCUUCUUUUUUGAGGUGAUAUUUUGUAAGGCUACCUUACUGAUAGACACUAGCAGCUUCAAACUUCUAGAUCAAUGCUCCAGACACUAUCGACAGCAUCAUCAUUAUGGAAUCCAUCUCAGAGGAGUGCAUGUUUAGAAAUCGUGGAAUUUCAGAGGUCUCAAUUAUCAUCUCUGAGUCCGUGUCCUUUUUAUUUGAAGUUUGGCAGCAAAUCAGUUCAGAAAGGUAGGGCACUUGUUUCAGGAACUUUUCCAUAUGCCUGUCAGAGGCCUAAACAGUACCCUGCCGGCAAGAAGCCAGGGGAAUAUCCCCAAAAUAUGGAUCUUCCACCAGUACUGCCUAAGAAAAAGAAGAAACCUUAUCCUAUUCCUUUCAAAGAGAUCCAGAAAGCUGCGAGGAAGGAUAAGAAACUUGCUGAGAGGGGUAUAGAGAAGCCACUUCAGCCUCCUAAAAAUGGAUUACUUGUUCCUGAACUUAUUCCUGUCGCAUACGAGGUGUUAGAUGCAUGGAAACUUUUGAUUAAAGGUCUUGCACAGCUUUUGUAUGUCAUUCCUGUUUACGGUUGCAGUGAGUGCUCUGAAGUUCAUGUGGCUCAUAGUGGUCAUAAUAUUCAGGAUUGCAAAGGUCCAAGUAGCUCAAAGCGCCGUGGUUUACAUUCAUGGGUGAAAGGUUCCAUCAAUGACAUUCUUAUCCCCAUAGAAUCAUAUCACCUUUAUGAUCCUUUUGGCCGGCGCAUCAAGCAUGAAACACGGUUCGACUAUGACAGGAUUCCUGCUGUUGUAGAGCUAUGCAUCCAAGCCGGUGUGGACAUCCCAGAGUACCCUUCACGACGAAGAACCAAUCCCAUCAGAAUGAUUGGAAAGAAAAUAAUCGAUCGUGGCGGAUACGUUGAGGAGCCUAAGCCAUGGCGUGCAGUGGAUCCAUCCUCUUCCUCAAUUAUAGAUCUCGACACAUGUGGAGCUUGCGAGCGAUUUCCACCGCCCUCACCCGAAGAUGUACCCAUCAUUGCACAGGAAACAAUGAAUGCACAUGAGACAGUUCAAACAGGUGUUACGAAGUUGAUGAAGAAGUACACGGUGAAGGCAUGUGGAUAUUGCUCGGAAGUCCAUGUAGGGCCAUGGGGUCACAAUGCUAAACUUUGCGGAGAAUUUAAGCACCAGUGGAGGGACGGGAAGCAUGGUUGGCAGGAUGCCACGGUCAGUGAAGUUUUCCCACCAAAUUAUGUGUGGCAUGUUCAAGACCCAAAGGGACCUCCCAUGAGAAGUGCAUUGAAGAGAUAUUAUGGCAAGGCUCCUGCUGUGGUUGAACUUUGCAUGCAAGCUGGAGCUCAAGUACCUCGCAGAUAUAAACCUAUGAUGAGGCUUGACAUUAUAGUCCCUGAAAGUGAGGAGGCCAGCUUAGUUGCAUGAUCUUCAGAUUUAUUGAUAAUCCAUUUUUGGUGCUUUGUAUCUUUUAACUUUGUAUAAUUUGUUCAUAUUCUUAUUCCAAUGUACCUAACCAAAGAUGAAGAAGCCAUAUUCAUUACUUCAUUUUUAGAGGCAGGACCUUGGCCUCGGUUUAGUAAAAUUGUCUUUCAACUCCCCUAAAAUUUGUAAAGCUAAUAAAAUGGUAAAAUUUGUGCUCUGGUCCCCAAAAA